GGUCACAAGAGCGAAUAGGCCCAUUAGGUAGGAAAGGCGACCGGGUUGUUAGAAGGUAAAGAUGGCGGCCGCGGAUAUCGAGCCGGGCAGAAUGUGUAUAAAAGAAAAGGCAAAGCUGCAGUUAAAGAAGUUUGACAUUGGAGACAAAUUUUCCAACAUUCAAUUACCAAAAGCCUCAGUUCUUAUCCCAUUGAUGGUCAAAGAUGGAAAGCUAUGUCUUCUUUUCACUCUUAGAUCAAUGAAGUUGAGAACAUCCCCAGGAGAAGUUUGUUUUCCAGGAGGUAGAAGUGACCCAACAGACACAGACGAAGUUGCCACAGCUCUUCGAGAAGCUAGAGAAGAAGUGGGUCUUCUUCCUGAACAGGUUGAAGUCAUCUGUAGACUUGUUCCUGGAAUAGAUAAAACUCAUUCUGUCGUAACUCCAGUUGUAGCUUUCAUAGAAGACACUUUUCAAGCCCAACCAAAUCCAGAAGAAGUCAGCCACGUGUUCUCAGUACCGCUGGAAUAUUUUAUACGCCCUGAGAAGCACUGUGUUGUACCUUUGGAAAGAAAGGGACAGGCUCCAUAUUUGCUCCAUUUCUUUGAAUACAAUGACCCCGAGCAUCAGAAGUCAUUUACAGUGUGGGGACUCACUGCCCAUUUUGCAGCCUUUGUUGCUGUUGCAAUUUACGGGGAGAAACCGACAUUUGAAGUUGAAUUUGACCUUGAUAAUUUGAUUUCUUCAGCUGAGAAAAACUUUAUGAUGCGCUACCAUAACAUAAACAGCCAACUUUGAUAGGUAACGCUGUAAUUUUUUUCCCCCAAAUGUAAUUGAAACUCUUGAAAGUAUGAUCCAUGCCUUAGCUGUAAUAAUUUGGUUAAUUUAUAUUUAAAAAUCACGUUGGAAGUGUAUAAUUGUAGGAAUCUGUUCUUGCCACAUUCAACUGGGAUAGAGU